GGUUUUCCGUUGAGCGCCAUUUUGAUUAAAGUAAUGUGAGGGUGGAUUGUGGGCAAGAUUGUUAGAUAUUUUCUCAAUUUAAACAAAUUUAUACCCGAGUCGACUGACAUUUGACGGCCACUAAGCCAUUUGAGUACACCGAAAAUGGCCACGGGUGCAAACGCAACUCCCUUAGGGAAGUUGCACCCUAGUAUUGGCGCUAAACGAGGAUUUGACGCUGGGCCUGGUGCAGGGAACGGGUUGAUGCCAACACCAGUGCCGCCCGCAUCCUUUCCUUCUCUACAAGCUUUCCAGCCCGCGAUGCCAAGCGCAUCUUUUCCGCAGCCACAUCAGUUCAUUCCUGGGACAAGUUUUUCGCCCCAGGUCCCACAACAGCCAACUGCGGUGGUCGGACUGGCCAAACCAGAUUUCAGUCAGAAGAAAUCACGAAAGAGGAGUCGUUGGAGCAGUGAGACUCCUGAUCAGAAGACAGUCAUACCGGGCAUGCCCACUGUUAUUCCCCCUGGACUGACCCGGGAUCAAGAGAGAGCCUAUAUAGUCCAACUGCAGAUUGAAGACCAGACUCGUAAACUGCGUACAGGAGACCUGGGAAUCCCUGUUAACCCUGAGGACAGGUCUCCAUCUCCAGAGCCCAUCUACAACAGCGAGGGCAAGAGGUUAAACACCAGAGAGUAUCGGACGCGAAAGAAGAUUGAGGAGGAGCGUCACUCCCUCAUCACAGAGAUGGUUGGACUCAACCCUGACUUCAAGCCUCCUGCCGACUACAAACCUCCAGCCACCAGAGUCAACGACAAAGUUAUGAUUCCCCAAGAUGAGUACCCUGAAAUCAACUUUGUUGGUCUGCUAAUCGGACCACGUGGUAACACGCUGAAGAACAUUGAGAAGGAGUGCUGUGCCAAGAUCAUGAUCCGGGGUAAAGGUUCUGUGAAGGAGGGGAAGGUAGGCCGAAAGGAUGGACAGAUGCUGCCAGGGGAAGAUGAGCCUCUGCAUGCCCUGGUCACUGCCAACACCAUGGAGAAUGUCAAGAAAGCUGUGGAGCAGAUUCGCAACAUUCUGAAGCAAGGUAUUGAGACGCCCGAGGAUCAGAAUGACCUACGAAAGAUGCAGCUGAGGGAGCUGGCCAGACUCAAUGGCACCCUGAGGGAAGAUGACAACAGGAUCCUUCGUCCCUGGCAGAACUCUGAGCCACGCAGCAUCACCAACACCACCCUCUGUACAAAGUGUGGUGGAGCAGGCCACAUCUCCUCCGACUGCAAGUACACCAGCUCAUUCGCCGCCCACAGAGCAACAGGUGGCGAGCCUCCUCAGUCAGCCCAGGACAAGGCUCGUAUGGACAAGGAGUAUCUGUCCCUGAUGGCUGAGCUAGGGGAGGCUCCUGUCCCCACAUCUGGUGGAGGACACUCCAACACCCAAGGCGGAGGGCAUCGGUCCUCAGGACCCAACAAUAAUCAGCCACAACAGAACCGGCCUCCUUGGAUGAGCUCUGGUCCGACUGAGAACAGGAACUACCAUGGCAUGCACGGAGGGCAUGGUGGUCAUGGAGGACCCCACAACUACCCUCCCCCCAUGCCCAACAUGGGAGGCCCCCCUAUGCCCCCAAACCCCAACGGCCUGCCUCCCCCCUGGAUGCAGCCCCCUCCUCCUCCUAUUGGCCAGGGUCCAGGACCUCACGGACACCCUAUGGGUCUGCUGCCACCUCCGAUGGGCAUGAUGCCACCUCCACCUCCUCCCCCCAGCAACCAGCCGCCUCCUCCCCCUUCUGGACCCCUGCCACCAUGGCAACAGCAAGCUCCACCUCCCCCUCCAACCAGCAGCAUGGCAACCAGUACACCGCUACCCUGGCAACAGACUUGGUCAUCACAAAAGUUACAUUCAAGUCAGGCCAGGUCAGAUGGCUUUCCUAUAUCUGGUUAUGAUACCACCACCACCUCCAGCCCUGGCACCGGCACCCUGCCUCCAUGGCAGCAGCCCCAGCAGCCUGCAGCCUCAGGAGCCCAGCCCCCACCACCCAUGGGUACCCCAUCCAUGGUGCCUCCUCCCCCCGGUGUCCAGCCCCCAUUGCCCCCAGGUGCCCCUCCUCCUCCCCCUCCACCACCUCCUGGCUCAACUGGCAUGAUGUAUGCCCCUCCGCCGCCCCCGCCACCCAUGGACCCUUCCAACUUUGUCACCAUGAUGGGGAUGGGGGUACCAGGCAUGCCCCCCUUCGGCAUGCCUCCUGCCCCCCCGCCUCCUCCACCCCAGAAUUAACCCUACCACAGAAGAAUCGUCCUCCCACAAGAGUUUCCACCCAGCAGCACAUUGUGGAUGUGUGCUCACAGAAAAAAAAUAUAACCAGUGCUUUAUUUUUUAUUGAUCCUUGAUAUUGUGAAGACAUCUCUGAAACAAUGAAAAGGUUGUGUUAGUUAAAUUUGUAAAGUUGCGUAACUUUAGUAAAUGAGUUAUUUUUCCUGUUUUUAAAGUUUGUGUUAACUCAAAGCUCCUUGUGUGCAUCCAAACACUGUUGCUCUCAGGCACAUGUUCUGCAUUGCUCUUGUAGUUUGUUACGUUACUUGUAUACCAAAUAAACAACUCAAAUAGCCAGUAAGUUUAAUUUUUGCUCAACAGCCAUCGCUUUAAAUGUUUGAUUCAGACCUAACUAGAAUUGGAUUCAAUAUAUUGAAUAUAUAUAUUAAUAUAUAUAGAUAUUCAACUUGCAUGAUCAAUUGUAAACUGCUCACUCACACAUUUAUACUCCUGUCAUGUUCCCCGUGUUUGCUUUGAGUUAAAUAAGAUUAAUAUUUUUGUAAUAACGAGAUGUGAAUUGUAUCUUCAUUCUGUCAGAAAUCCUUUUUGUAGGAAUGUCUCCGAUUGGUUUCCAGAAAUUCCCAGGGUUUUAAGUGUUUUUUGUUUUUGUUUUUUUUGUUACUUGCCUACGUCUCAGUUGUGACAGAGUUUGAAAAAGGGGGUUUGAUGCUGCGAUCUGCCAGCUUCUGACCUCUUGCACUACGUGAAUGCUGAGAAUCUGAUAUAUCCGUGUUUUUCUGCAUCUCUUUCUGCUCUAAGACGCUGUGUGCAGUGUUUUUGUUGCUUCUGUAUGGACAAAAAUAUCAGUUUUGUCCCCUGAGUUAUUAGAGAAGAAAAAUGUUAGUUUUACUCUGUUUCUGGAAUCAGUCUGUUGUGUCAUGGCACUAGCCUAAAUGAAAAGCUGUUGACAUUUUGCUUGGUUUAGCAUUAAACUGAUCCAUUUCACCUUUU